UUAAUUAGAGACUGCUUGUCCCGGUACGGUACUGUGUACGGUAGCUAGAGUAGGCUAGCUGGCUAGACAGCUUAUUCAUUCUCGACCCAAAGAAUCUUCAAGCUUUCUGGUCCAGCCUUUCUCUCGAACAGACUCGAGCGGAGCAUUUUUUGAGCCUAGGUUCUAUGCUUGAUUGCAGAUUCCCACCAAUAAGGCAGGAAGAGAGGGCCCUAAUGCGUCCGGGCCCAGAACAUCUAGGACCCUCUUGUGAGUGAAAGUAGGAGCCGUUUAGCAAAUUGGUUCGUGAGCCGCGUGCAUCACUUUCAGUGCAAUGCCCAAUUGCAAUGAUGGUGACAUAAGAUAGCCAAAUAAAUAUCUACAUGUAUUGUCUUUACGUCGUGAAGAAGGAGGCAAUACUCCGUGCGACUUUUCGAACCACUUCGAAAGCUUCUGCACAAGCAUUUGUCUGGGUGCAUACUACCUGGGCGUAGCAGGUGUCAGUAUUCACACCCACACCAACGGCAGCAAAUCCAACAGAAAUGGCUUCUCGAGCCUGUUGAACGGUACAGGACGUCGUAGGGGCUCUCGCGGCAAAGAACUCGUCCACAACAUUGCAUGUUUGUUUAGCAGCGUCUCUGAAGCCACUGUUCAUGGAGAGCAUCUCCAAGUUUGCAUAUAGGAAAGUGUUCGCGAGUAGAACAACACACUCUUUCAAGGAGGACCCACAAGUAUUCUCACAGGCUCUCACAGCGUUGACGUAUGCCCUGUUCAGGAAACCGCUGGUAUAGUGAACGUUCAUCGAAUUCCUGUACUCGCAAAAAGUGCUGAUAGACUUUCCGUCAGCUGAUGGAUUUUCCAUACUACGAAGAAAUUCUCUCCCAAGUCCUGGUCCGGCUAGUGACUCUCCUAACAAAGAAUACAUCAACAAGCAAUGAAAUGAGCGGAAUGGCAUAUCAUCUCCUCGGGUGAAAACGGCUACACGUACCCACGAGGAAGUCCGGUGUGUCUUUACUGUCGUUAAUUGUGAACUCCAAUGCACACCCCAUGAGAUCGGAGUAGGCUUCAUUCAAUCCUCCCGAUUGCAACAGAUAGAGAAGAUUGCUUGACUCGGAGGCAUCGACGGAACAACCCGGAUAUGCAUUCUUACCUCGUGCACGACGACAUCUGGGAUUUGAGGGCGCAGCGUGAGUGGCAGAAUAUCAUGUACAUUGGGACCGUCAAACGCGUUUUCUCUGGCACUGACCUGUUGAGACCAAAGGAUAGAAUAUAUCGCAGUCGCAAUCACCAAAAGUUACCGUCCGAUCUAUACAGACCAAGGGGACGAGAUGCCAUUAUUUGCAAGGAUUGAAAACGUUGUACCUUUCGUCAAUCGAAUGAUUCAAUCGGUCUUGACUUACCUCCGGGUACGUAAAAAGCAUUGCAGUAGUCUGCAGUCAUUUGAGAUACCGGUACGUUUCACAGCGUUAGCAGGAAAAGAGGAAAAGUCGACCAUGGCGCCCCGCAAACAAACAACGUGAUUGAGCACUUUACCUUCUUCGUAGUGAACGCGACCGACCACAGGAAUAGGAUUUUCGGCCUCCUUGGUAAGCCCGCCCAUCAGCCCCAGGUGUUCUUGGAGAUACUGGAAGUAGUUGACCGCACCCCACUGAACAUCAGACAACGCAUCGGCACAGUUCGGCACUUCGGACACCGAGCAGGAUUUCCCUGAAUUGCAGUUCAGAGUUCCGUGCCAAUGAUACUGGAAGAUGGGCCCCGGAGCAACCCUUUGAUUCUUAUCAAAAGUAAGUCAUGAAGAAGAAUGGCAAUGUCAGCGUUGAUACAUGUACAAGGUUGUUGCUCUAGACAUCAGCAAAGGCUUACCCCAGAUCCAUCGGUACCAGUAAUGCAGAGAGUCUUGCGUCCAUCAUUGUUCAAGUAAAGAGUCUCCACAUCGCAUUCCACAGUUUGAUCAGGAUUCCAUGCAAUACCAGGCUCUAUGGUAGCACAACUAUCACAUUUAGAAGCAUCCAACUGCGAACCAGCACCCUGUAAAUAUCUGUGUCGAAUUUCGGCUUUCCUUUGUAAUUUCUCUUGCUUUUCCACCGCCCCCGCUAUGUCGCAUUUAAGGAUGAUCUCGUCGGUUUCAUCAUCCACAACUACUUGAUACAGCUGUGGUUCUCCCGGGAUGGAUUCGUCCCAAACGGUACCAAUCCAUGCUCGGUAAUCCUGGUUUUCCGUGGGGAAAAUCUCAAGGGCCAACGUCGUAACCCGAUAUUCGGGCACCCCAAAUAGCCCUGCGACCAUACUUACGCCUUCCUCUUUUGUAGCGUGCUUGGGUGUGAAUCCAGUGGGUACACGCACAGCAUUCAAUCUGUAACCGUCCACUGACACAAUGCUCCUUGUAUUCAUGGUCGCAAGUGUGUUGGUGUUGACCAAAGCGCUUCGCUCGAUGGCGGACAACUGGGAACAUUCACUCGUUGUCACCACGAAAUCAGCCCCAUAGACGGGCAGCCCCUGGACAAGCUCUCGGACACGGUGUCGUUCUACAAGACAGGUAGAGCCGUCGUUGGAUUUCACUUGGUUGACUUGACGGGCAGAAAAAGAAUUAGUCUGGCCUCCUGCAAAGAGUCCCCUACUCUCCAAGGUUGGAACAUCUUCAUCUGACAAGCUCACGUGACGUGACAUAUCAGGCAUUAUUCCCGUGCACUGUUGGCGUCCUUCUCUCCCUGAUGACUGCCGUACUCCCUCCACUGGCCCCAGGUUCAAGAGCAGGAGGGUUGCAACAAAGCAUGCAAGGCGGAAAUGGUUGAAUAAAUCGUUCAUAGUGAAGUCCAAUCCUGAGAGAAGUCAGAGCCCUUAGAAAGCAAAAGUUGAGACUUGUUUUGAGUUGAGAGGGCGGUGAGCUCUGACUUUGAUGCGUUCGCCAGCCCUCGAAGCACCAUCGAUCAUGGAUGAGAGGUGCGAGGUGGGAUCAACCGAUGGUUUCAACGCAGAGCUUUAAUGAGUAAUUACACCCGGAGAGAACAUCGUCCGGCGCCCAGGACCGUAAAUAGAAGCACUUUUAAUUAAGUACCAAGAGGUACGGCUGUAAACAAAUCUAAUCACGCACACUUGCUCUAAAAAUUUUGCAUGAGUCAUGUUUAAUCGGGACCCACACAAAGUCAUUCAUCUCCCGAUGACUGCCAGGCCAACAGGUAGAUAGUGGUAGUAUCUUCGCGUAGAAAAUACCAGCAAACCUGGGCUUGACAACAAGCAAGAUCCAUGCUUCUUCUUCUCUUGUUUACAAGAACAUAUCGCGGUUCCCAUAUCACUUGUUCUUUGUUGUUUUCAUAGCUUCCCCCCACACUUCGAGACAGCGUCUCCUGCCAUUAUCCGCAGAAGCCAAGUUACCAAAAAGCACUUUCACCAUGGCGGAUCUUAUGUUUUCAAUGGGCCAGACCAAGGGCAAGAAAAAGACUGCCAAGAAGGUCAAGGACACCAAAGAUUCCUUGAAGGAUGUUGUCAUCACUGACACAGUCGAGACUAACAUUCGCGCUGAUCAACACAACCGUGAGAUUCAAUCCAAGGAAACUGCUCGCAACCAAAUCAAGGAGAACAUGAAUGUCACUGUCACCGAGACAGUGGAAGGUGAUAUUCGUAAGGAUCAACACAACCGUGAGAUCCAGUCCAAGGAAACUGCUCGAAACCAAAUCAAGGAGAACAUGAAUGUCACAGUUACUGAGACGGUUGAAGGCGACAUCCGCAAGGAUCAACACAACCGCGAAAUCAAGUCCAAGGAGACUGCUCGCAACCAGAUCAAGGAGAACACCAACUUUGAUAUGGCUCGUUCCCUCUUUGGAGGUGGUGGCGAAGAGGAAGAAGAAGAGGAGGAGGAAGAGUAA